UGCAUCUGGGGGUCCGAGCUGCACUGGACUCCUCACACUUUAAAAAGACAUUUUCCCCUCCUCACAGCCUGCCUUUUUGCUCUCCCUCUCUCCCUCUCUCUCACACUCUCUCUCUCUCUCUGUCCCUCGCUCUCGUUGGCUGCCAGGCUCUCUGCACAGUGCCAGGGAGAAGGGUCUCCAGGAGCCAACGCUGACGAGAGGAGACAAAGAAAAAUAGAGGAGGAAAGGAAAGGAAACAGAGAAUAUUUUAUUUUUCUCCUCCAUGAAGCGGUGACACCAGAUAUCAUAGUUAUAACUCAGAACCCAUGCAGUUGGCUGAGGGGGGGACUCGCAGAAAGAGCGCCACCUCACCUGUGGAGACUUGUGAAGCCCGGUAGAUUGACGCAGCAGCAGGUCCUCCUACAUUAACCAGGACCGGUUCGUAGUCUUCCAACUACCCCUUCCCAGUGACUUCUUCCAGCAUGGGUCCAAACAGCCUGGGCCUCAGCGUCCCCCUCCUGACCGCUCUGCUGAGCAUGGCCGGCGCCGGGCUGGUCCAGCGGACCAUCAGGCAUCGGCGGGAGUCCCUGGCGCCCACCGUGCGCGACAACCUCACCCUCCCUAACUCGGGUCAGCCCGUGGUCUUCAACCACGUGUACAACAUCAACGUGCCCGCCAGCUCCGUGUGCUCUGUGGACCUGGACUCCCCGGGCAGCUCCGAGCUGGAACCCCUGGAGUCGGCAGACGGCCCCGCCUCCGCCGGGCUGAGCACCACCGAGCACACUCUGGACCAGGAGAACCAGAUCGUAUUCACCCACCGCAUCAACGUGCCACGGCAGGCGUGCGGCUGCGCCGACGCCGAUGCGGGCGGACUCCCGGAGCUGAAGGCGCUGCUGAGCCGUCUGGAGAUGCUGGAGGCGGAGGUGUCCACGCUGCGACACCAGUGUGGCGGCGGCGAUGCGGGCUGCUGCACCGCGCAGGUCACAGGCGAGGUGGGCACCAAGCCAUACUGCGGCGGCCACGGUAACUACAGCACGGAGAGCUGCGGCUGCGUGUGCGAGCCGGGCUGGUCCGGAGCCAACUGCAGCGAGGCCUCCUGCCCCAACGCCUGCCACGGCCAGGGCCGCUGCCUGGACGGCCGCUGCCACUGCUUCCCGGGCUUCUCCGGGGACGACUGCCGGCGGCAGGCCUGCCCUCGGGACUGCGGCGAGAGCGGCGCGUGUGUGGACGGGCGCUGCGUCUGCAACCCGGGCUUCCAGGGCGACGACUGCUCCCAGACCGUCUGUCUGAACAGCUGCCUGGGGCGGGGCCGCUGUGAGGACGGGGACUGCGUGUGCGAGGAGCCCUGGGGCGGCCUGGACUGCUCGGAGCACACCUGCCCCAGCGACUGCUACGACCGCGGCCGCUGCGUCAACGGCACCUGCUACUGCGACGAGGGCUACGCCGGCGCCGAGUGCGGCCAGCGCCUCUGCCCCCAGGGCUGCCACGGCAACGGCUUCUGCGGCGCGGACGGCCGGUGCGUGUGCGGCGCAGGCUACGGCGGCGAGGACUGCUCGGCGCUCACCUGCCCCGGCGACUGCGGCGGGCGCGGCACCUGCUUCAACGGCGUGUGCAUCUGCGACGCCGGGUUCCGCGGCGAGGCCUGCGGCGAGGCGGCGUGCCCCAACGACUGCAACCGCCGCGGCCGCUGCGUCGACGGGAAGUGCAGCUGCGACGCCGGAUUCCAAGGCGACGACUGCUCGGAGCUGUCCUGCCCCGACGCGUGCCGGCACCGCGGCCGCUGCGUCAACGGCCAGUGCGUGUGCGACCAAGGGUUCGCCGGCGAGGACUGCGGCGUGCGGACGUGCCCGGGGAACUGCUACGGGCGCGGGGAGUGCGUGGCGGGCCACUGCGUGUGCGACCCAGGGUACGUGGGCGGGGACUGCGGCGCGCUGAGCUGCCCCAACGACUGCUACGGCCGCGGGCGCUGCGUGGCCGGGCGCUGCGUGUGCGACGAGGGCUUCGCCGGCGAGGACUGCGGGCAGAAGGCGUGCCCCAACGCCUGCCUGGCGCGGGGCUUCUGCCUGGACGGGGCGUGCGUCUGCCAGGAGGGCUUCUCCGGGGACGACUGCUCCGUGGUCACGUGUCCUGACAACUGCGGAGGCCGCGGGCGGUGCCUGGACGGCAGGUGCUCGUGCGACGCGGGCUACCAGGGGCCCGGCUGCGGGGAGCUGAGCUGCCCCGGGGACUGCCGGGACACGGGCCGGUGCGUGGAGGGCCGGUGCCAGUGUGAAGAGGGCUACAUCGGAGCGGACUGCAAGCAAGUUUCCCCGCCGACGGACCUCUUGGUGAGCGACGUGACCCCCCACACGGUGGACCUGUCCUGGAGCAACGAGAAGCUGGUGACACAGUACAUGGUCACCUACGUGCCCACGGGCCCAGGCGGCCUGCGCCAGAAGUUCAGCGUGCCCGGGGACGACAGCACCGCUCGGGUAGAGGGGCUGGAGCCCGGGGUGGAGUACCUGAUCAACGUUUACGCCGUCCUCAACAACAUGAAGAGCGUGCCUGUGAGCGCCCGGGUGGCCACCAGUCUUCCCCAGCCGGAGGGAUUGAGGUUCAAGUCGGUGAGGGAGUCUUCCGUGAAGGUGGAGUGGGACCCGCUGGAGAUCACCUUUGAUGGAUGGGAGCUCAACAUCCGCAACAUGAAAGAAGAGAAUGGAAAGAUUGUGAAUAUCCUGCCGUCAACACAAAACAACUUCGAGCAAUCAGGGCUUGGUCCUGGACAGGAGUACGAGGUCUCUCUCCGAGCCAUCAAGAACAACACGAAGGGCCCUCAGACCACCAGGACCUUCAGCACCAAGAUCAAGGGCCCUCAGCAGGUCCUGGUAAAGGACGUGACAGACUCCUCUGCGCUGUUCUCGUGGUCCCAGCCUGUGACCGAGGUCACCAGCAUCACGGUGACCUACGCGCCAACCUCCGACCCCUCGGACCAGACCAGCGUCGACCUCACCAAUAUGGACACCCAGUACAUCGCGGGGGACCUGAGGCCCGACACCGAGUACCAGAUCUCCCUGACCUCCAGGAGGCGGGGCGUUGCCAGCGACCCCGUCAGCAGGACCUUCACCACCGAUCUGGAUAGUCCCAGGACCCUGAAGACCCUGUCUCAGACAGAUGACAGCAUCAGCCUGGAGUGGAGCAACAGUGAGGCGGACGUGGGCGGCUACAGAGUGAAAUACACCCCCUUCUCCGGGGGUUCCCCUCGUGAGGAGCUGUUUCCCAGCGCCGCGGGAGAAACCACAAAGGCUACCAUUACCGGGCUAAGACCAGGUACGGAGUACGGGAUCGGAGUCACCGCUGUUAAAGAUGAGCGGGAGAGUUUGCCUGCGACUACAAAUGCAGCCACUGAUCUGGAUCCUCCCAAAGACCUGGAGGUGGUGGAUUCGACGGAGACCUCUCUGAUGCUGCGCUGGAAGAAGCCCAAGGCUAAGCUCAACGGCUACACGCUGGCGUACACCUCCAGAGACGGCCCUUCGCAGGAGGUGAGGCUGCCUCCCACGGCCACCAGCCUUGCCCUCGAUGACCUGAACCCGGACACGCUGUACAGCGUGGCCCUGACCGCGGAGCGGGGCCCCAAGAAAAGCUCCCCAGUGAGCCUGUCUGCCUCCACAGCCUCUUACACGUUUUAUUCAGCUCACUCCGAUGUUCCCGAGCUCACACCUCAGUCAGGGCUGGACGACAAUAUCAUUAGCUUCGCACACCUAGACACGCCCCCCGACUCCCAGCUCUCGGGGAUGGGGCCCGCGGACGAGCUCGCAGGCCUCAAUGUAUCGGCGCACACGUCCGAUGGAUUCGAUCUCUCGUGGGAGCUCAAACCUCCGGCGGCCUACGACAGCCUCGUGGUAGAGUGCAGAGGCCCGCUCCAAACGCUGGCAGUCAUGGAGGUCGUCCUCAGCGGAGAUUCCACCCGCUCUAGAAUCCGAGGCCUGAACGCCUCCACAGAAUAUCGAAUCACGCUUCACGGGAUUACCGGUAGUAAUGGGUCCCUGCUUCUUGAGGCUAUCGCCGUCACAGCACCCGAGCCCACCUCUCCAGGCUUAAUUAUGAAUGUCACAGACGUCCUAACCACAACAACAACAACAACAACAACAACAACAACAGCAUCAACAACAACAACAGCAACAACCGCAACCUCAACAAGACCACAAUCUUUUUCAGAAACAGCACCUGUCCCCACCAUAGUGGUCUCACACACUCUUGGUUCCCCUUCUGUUGUGGGGACCGAGAGUCCCCUCACAGAGCCGUUUGGGGCGUUCACGCUGACCAACAUGUCCUCCACUAGCGUGGGGGUCAGCUGGUCGGCCCCAGACCAGACCUUUGAUCAUUUUCUGGUGGAGCUGAGCUCCCCAUCGGAGGAGGCACCUGCGCGUACCACCAUGGUAGCAGGAAGUGAGGGAGGCGCUGAGAUAGAGGGCCUGUCUCCCUCGACGCGUUAUGAGAUUACAUUGUACGGCCUGGUGGAAGGCGUGCGGUCGCAACCUCUGAAAAUGUUUGUUGAUACAGAGGAGAUCAGCCCUAGGGUGCUCACCCUCACCGUCUCUGACACCACAUGGGACAGCUUCAAUGUGUCCUGGAGCCCCCCGGCGCACCAGGACUUUGAGGGCUUUGUCCUUGAACUAACAAACCUGGAGAACCCGGCCGAGAGCCAGAACCUCACUCUGUCCGGGGAGGCCUUCAGCCUGCUGGUGUCGGGCCUGGCCCCGGACACCGGCUACAUGGUGGGCCUGUACGCCAUGCUCCCGGACCGCUUCCUGGAGCCGGUGUACACGGAGGCCACCACAGUGAGCCGAGCGGUGGUUGGCAAUCUAUAUGUGUCUAACUUAACGUCAGAAGGUUUCUCAAUGUCGUGGAAUGGUACGCAAGGACACGUUGACGGUUAUGUUCUGGAGAUAAUAGACUCUGAUUGGCUGACGGAGCCGCGGGAACAUAACAUAUCAGGUGACGUCCGGUCGUACGAUGUCACUGGACUGCGGCCUAGCACUGACUAUGUAGCCUACCUCUAUGGGGUCUCCAAGGGAUCUCGAACCAAUGCUGUCAGUUCUGUCGCCUCUACAGCUGCGGAGCCUGACUUGUCCAGGCUCGUGGUUUCAAACAUUACCUCAGACCGCUUCUCUCUGUCCUGGCAGACGGGAGAAAAGGCUUUCCAUAACUUUAUCGUAGAGGUCCGAGAGUCGGCCACGCCCUCGCGGGCCAUGGGCCGCGCACUGUCUGGAGACGCGCGAGCCACGGUCAUGACCGGCCUCAAGGCUGCCACUCAGUACGACAUUAAACUGUACGCCAGUAGCGGCGGCCAGAACUCACAGCCGUUGUUCGCCGUAGCCACCACAGAGGAUGCCCCACAGUUGGGAACUCUAACCACUGCGUCGGUGAGCCCAGAUAACCUCACCCUGUCCUGGAGCACUGUCUCGGGCCACUUCGAUGUCUUUGUGGUCCGCGUCAGUGACUCCCUGCAGCUGUUUGAUACGCUGGAGUUCAAGGUGCCCAGCCCAGGGGGCAACGUGACAGUGUCUGAGCUGCUGGACGCCACAGACUAUGAUAUAGAGCUGUACGGUAUCUCUCAUGGGCGCCGCAGCUCCUCUGUGUUUACCCAUGCCAUCACAGCUCCUUUGCCCAGAGUGGAAAACUUGACCGUUACAAACAUUACCCCAUAUGGCUUUCGUCUGUCCUGGGAGACCAAGCAGACGAAGCAGGAGGGGGCGCCCCCUGGUGGCACCUUCAAGCACUUUCAAGUAGUUGUGACAGACUCGGGCUGGCUGUUGGAGCCGCAUGAGUUCAAUGUCCCGGGAAACCAGACGUACCUGGACCUGUGGGGGCUGAUCACAGGCAUCGGCUAUGAGGUCAGGCUGACGGGGGUAUCUAGCUCGGGCCUGCUCUCCCGCCCGCUGACCACAGUGGCUAAGACAGAGGCCGAGCCCGAGAUAGAGCACCUGUUUGUGUCGGACGUAACGGCCGACGGCUUCCGUCUGUCGUGGACAGCCGCCGAAGACCAGUUCGACCGCUUCGUCAUCAGGAUGAGGGACGCCAAGAAGGUGUCCAAGGUGCACGUGCGCGACGCCCGCGGCGAGGAGCGCACCGCCGUGUUCACGGGUCUCAUGAGCGGCACCGAGUACGACAUUGAGCUGUACGGGGUGACCCUUGAGACGCGCUCGCAACCCAUCAUGGGGGUCGCUCAGACAGGCCUCGGUUCCCCCAGCGGCCUUAGUUUCACCGAUGUGAGUGACAGCUCGGCCGUGGUACAGUGGGCGAAGCCACGCUCCAAGGUGGACAGCUACCGGAUCGUCUAUGUGCCGCUCCAACAAGGGAACCCCAUGAGUGUGACCGUGGACGGGGCUGAGACCCAGGCCCUCCUGCCCGGCCUGGUUCCUGGGAAGACCUACCAGGUGACCGUCAUCGCGGUCAGGGGCCUGGACGAAAGCAGCCCCUCCACCGACACCGUCACCACCGCACUGGACGGGCCCCAGCGCCUGGGUGUGCUGAACAUCACGGAGACCUCGGCCCUGUUGCUGUGGGCGCCCAGCGCGGCCACCGCGGACGGCUAUGUCAUCACGUACAGCGCAGAUUCAGUGACUCCAGUGGUGGAGCACGUUUCGGGGAACACAGUUGAGUUUGAGAUGGGCUCUCUGGUCCCGGCCACUGAAUACACGGUGGAGGUGUAUGCCUUGAAGGACGGCCAGAAGAGUGGCGCGGCCACCGUGGACUUCACUACAGACCUGGACUCCCCCCGGGACCUGACGGCCAGCAACAUCCAGAAGGACGGGGCCACUCUCAGCUGGAGGCCUCCCCGCUCGGAUCUCAGUGGAUACACACUCAGCUUCUCUGCUGGAGACGGAACCGUCCAGGAAGUGAUGUUGAGCCCCACUGCCAGUUCCUACACCCUGAGCGACCUGAUUGGCUCAACAGACUACAGCGUCACCCUGCAGGCCGUUGCUGCAGGCCGACACAGCCCCCCGCUCAGCACCACCUUCACCACCACAGGCCAUCUGUACCGCCGCCCCCGGGACUGCGCCCAGGUGCUGUUGAACGGGGAGGAGUCCUCAGGCCUGCACACCGUCUACCUGGGGGGCGACGAGAACCAGCCCACACAGGCCUACUGCGACAUGACCACGGACCAGGGGGGCUGGCUGGUCUUCCUCAGACGCCAGAACGGGAAGCAGGAGUUCUUCAGGAACUGGAGGAACUACACGGCUGGCUUCGGGAACAUGGAGGAGGAGUUCUGGCUCGGUCUGGCCAAUCUUCAUAAGAUGACCAACUCGGCCAACUACGAGCUACGCGUGGACCUGGGAGACGGCGCGGAGACUGCCUAUGCACAGUACGACAAGUUCACCAUCGCAGAGCCGCGGACCCGCUACAAGAUCUACUUAGGCGCUUAUAGCGGAACUGCUGGUGAUUCCCUUACCUACCACCAUGGGCGCCCCUUCUCGACCUUCGACAACGAUAACGACGCUGCCGUUACCAACUGUGCGUUGUCCUAUAAGGGGGCCUUUUGGUACAAAAACUGUCAUCGUGUCAACCUAAUGGGGAAGUACGGCGACGAAAGUCAUAGUAAGGGUAUCAACUGGUUCCAUUGGAAAGGACACGAGCACUCCAUUCAGUUUGCAGAGAUGAAGAUGAGACCGGUCAACUUUAGUAAUUUUGAAAGCAGACGCAAAAGAUCAUAGAUUUCUGAACCCAAACCCCACCCCAAAACCCCCAAAUACCAUUGUUAAAGGUAGGGUUGGCAAUUUGGGGAUACAGGGCAGAUUUAAGUCUAUUUGUCAAGCAUAAUAACCCCCCCCCCCCCCCCCCCCCUAAGGCCUCCCUUCAAAGCCACGUCCCCAAAACAUGUGACUAGCUUUAGACCGAUUGCUGUCAAGGUGCCAAGAUAAUUUCCAGAAAUACGACACAAAAUGCCUCUAUAAUAAAUUGCCUAACCUACCUUUAACUGAGGUUGAAGUCAAGUCAUUUUUAUUUGAAUCUCUCGACAAAAAAUUACAUUAAUAUAGGUAAAUAUAAGAGAAUCAUGUGCUGGAUGUGAUGCUUAAUAGGAACUGUGCUUGACUAUUCUAUUGGUAAAUGAGAACGCCCAGAUAACAAAUACAUUGUGAUAAUGUGCGAUAGAUUAGAGAAUGUGAUUAGACACUGUAAUAUUGUUCAUGACUGUUUUUUAUGUUGACAAAUUGAAUUCCAUGAGAAAGAUUCCCGCAAACUGCCAAAUAUUAAAAGACUUAUAAACUUUUACCUAAAAAUAAUAUAUAUUCACACUGUACGAUGAAAUAUCUGAAAGGGUCAACAGGAAAGGGUUCAGUGAGUAUGAACUGUACCACAUCACUGUGUUAGCAGAACAUGUUAGAAAAGACAUUGUAAAUGUCAUAAUACCACUUGGUGGACGCAUUUAUAUAAUAAUAAUGAGUGGAGAAAUUCUUAGCAUGGGUGGUCCCAGUGGGACCAAAGCCCUAACCCUGGCUGGGUUCAUGCCACACGCUACCAGACCUUACACUUCCCAUUGAAAUGUACAUUUUACACAUGACGUCUUUAGCAGGCCUACUUGGAACGACUAUUUAAACCACAGAUAAUUAAUUUGGAUGACUUUGAAGGAAGAUGAUGAAACAGAAGAUGUUGCUUGUUGAAUAUUUUGACAUGUUGUCAUACUAUGUGUUUACUGUUGGAACCAGGAGAGCCGUCUCUGGAGGUGAAGAUUUAGAAAAAGUCCACCAACGACUGGUUUAAAUUAAGUUUUGUUUGUUUUAACUUGAUGAAAAUGUAUGUUUCUCUCUGAUUAAAUAACCUUAAAUAUAUUAAGUAUCUUUGUAAA